UCAAAGCCAUAUGCCACCAUCUCUCUUUCCUGCCAUCGGUAGCUCUAGUUCUAUCACUGAAGAAGCCCUAAGCUGCUCUCUCUCUCUCUCUCUCUCCCUUAUGGAGUUCUCCGCCACUGUCUCAACUGCUGCCGCCGUUCUUUUCACGGUAGCAGUGCUGAUUGGCAUAGGGGAGGUGGAUGGCUCGAUUCAUACCUACGAAGGAGGUUGGCAAUGCAGUCCUGCUCUCCGGAGGAAGCGAGGGAAUUGUUGCUUCGGACGGUCGCAACUCUUUUAUAAGAUUUAAGAAUAUCACAUUCUUUAGGACAAAUGAAGCCGCAGAACAGCAUUCAAGCAUGGAGCACAGUACAGGGUUGAUCCAAGCUAUAAUAUUUGAAGCUGCUGAUCGGGAUAAUAUUGGUGGAUCUGCUUAUGGUGGCCAAAGGUCCAUAUGUUGUACUCCUGACCUUGCCAAGCUUGAGGGUUGCAAACAAGGGGAGGUUCUGAGGAGACCCUCUUCCGUAAAUCCUGAAUGGCCUGUUGUAAUAAACACACAUUUCAGUGCAAAUUUAUUAUUUGCACCAAUGGAUAAUCGAGAUGUUUACAUAACAAAGACAGGAAUGUACAACUUGUUCUUCAUCUCCUGUGAUCCUAAGCUGAGAGGUCUUACCCUGGCCGGUAUGACAUAUUGGAAAAAUCCUGACGGUUAUUUGCCAGGAAGGAUGGCUCCAUUGAUGAACUUCUAUGUAUUCAUGUCAGUUGCUUAUCUCCUACUUGGCAUCGUCUGGUUUUCUCAGUAUCUGAGGUUUUGGAAGGAUAUAUUGCCACUGCAGAACUGGAUAACCCUGGUUAUUGCUCUUGGUUUGUUUGAAAUGACCCUUUGGUACUUUGAGUUUUUGAACUUCAAUAGCACGGGUGCAAGGCCUGUAGGUAUCACAACAUGGGUGGUCACUGUUGGAGCUGUGAGGAAAACAGUAUCACGUUUGCUUUUAUUGUCUGUGUCAAUGGGAUAUGGGGUUGUUCGGCCGACACUUGGCGGUCUUACUUCGAAGGUGCUUCUACUUGGUGUUACCUACUUUUUAGCAUCUGAGUUGCUGGAUAUUACCGAAAAUGUCGGAACAAUCAAUGACAUUUCAGGCAAAACAAGGCUUUUUCUAGUACUUCCCGAUGCAUUUUUGGAUGCUUUUUUAAUUCUGUGGAUUUUCACAUCGCUAUCUCGAACAUUGGAAAAAUUACAGGCAAGGAGGAGUUCCGUGAAGUUGGAAAUAUAUCGAAAAUUUACAAAUGCAUUGGCUGUUUGUGUAAUUGCUUCUGUCGCUUGGAUAGGAUAUGAGGUCUAUUUUAAAGCUACAGAUCCAUUCAGUGAAAGGUGGCAGAGUGCAUGGAUUAUCACCGCCUUUUGGGACGUCCUUGCCUUUGCUCUCCUCUGCGUACUGUGCUAUCUCUGGGGACCAUCUCAAAGCUCUCAAAGAUAUGCAUACUCAGGCGAAGCCGAGGCUGAUGAUGAGGAAUCCCAGUCAUUAACAAAAGGACCGGGGGAUGGAAAUAUUGGGCUGACUAAAUUAGAAAAGAAAGAAAGAAAUAAUAAUAAUAAUAAUGACGACGACGACGACAAUGAUGAUGAUGUUUAUGAUAUUGAAGGCGAAGUUGAAGUGGACAAGAGAGAGUAAUAAAUACUGUUGCUUCUAUCUGGAAUGUGUAACUGCAGUUAUGUUUAGAUAUAUAGCAGCUUCUUUCUUUCUAUUCUUUGCGCUCUUAUUUUUGGCCCCCCUUUUGUGUUUAUUUGCAUUUGGAAGGCAUUAUAAUGAGAAGGAUGUUAGUUGAAAUUACAUUUUUCUUGUUCUGUAUAUAAGAAUGUUGUUUGUUAAA